AUGCGGACCUCAACGCCGACGGCAAUUGCUCCCCUUCUUAACGACUAUUUCGGUUCUGCGCAUACCAGGGAGAGUAGCUAUAAUUCGGAUGGCUCCUUCGAUUCCCGUCGCUCACUUGUCUCUGGCAUUCGCCGUUAUCCCACGCGAAAGAUUAAGCUCGUACAGGGCUAUGUUCUGAGUGCCGACUACCCAGUGCCAAGCGCCAUUCAGAAUGCCGUCCAGAAACAAUACCGAGAGUCCGCAGAACUUGGCGAGGAAUUCUCCCAGGUCAGAUACACUGCUGCUACCUGCGACCCGGAUGAAUUUGUUAUGCGAAAUGGCUAUAACCUUCGCCCGGCCAUGUCCAACCGGCACACUGAAUUGAUGAUCGCAAUUACAUGCCGAGGCGAGAACAAGGUUCUGACUGCGCGGACUCUUCACGGAGUAAUGCAAAAUAUCCGCGAUAUCACCAAUCUCAAGAAGUCGAAAUUUUGGAAUCAAGGAGGACCAGCUUGGCAGAAAAUUGUUGUCUGCCUAGUCUUCGAUGGAAUCGACCAUUGCGAUAAGAACACACUUGACGUACUCGCGACGAUCGGUACCUACCAGGAUGGCGUGAUGAAGCGAUCGGUAGAUGGCAGAGAAACAGUCGCGCACAUAUUCGAAUAUACUACGCAACUUUCUGUUACGCCGAACCAGGAAUUGAUCCGACCUUAUGGAGACGACUGCUCAAACAUCCCUCCCGUCCAAAUGAUGCUCUGUUUGAAACAGGAAAGUAGCAACAAAAUCAAUUCGCACCGUUGGAUCUUCAACGCAUUUUCUCGCAUGUUAAACCCAGAAGUAGUGAUACUACUUGAUGCGGGCACCAAGCCUUGCAAGGAAUCAUUUCUCGCAUUAUGGCAGUCGUUUUAUAACGACAAGAAUCUGGGAGGCGCUUGCGGUGAAGUCCACCCAAUUCAGAACAAGAAAAAAAGCAUUCUCAAUCCCUUUUUCGCUGCACAGACAUUUGACUUGAAACAGUCCAAUCUUCUCGAAAAGCCACUGGAGAGCGUCUUCGGACAUGUUUCACUGGGCGAAUUUUCCGCGUACCGCUAUCGAGCUAUUAUGGGCCGACCACUUGAACAAUAUUUCAAUGGUGAUCUGACGCUGUCGAAGAAGCUGGGAAAGAAAGGCUUUGAGGGCAUGACCAUCUUCAAAAAGAAUAUGUUCUUUGCGGGUGAUCGCAUCUUAUCUUUUGAAGUAGUCGCUAAGGCCGGCUUCAAGUGGCAUUUGACGUUUGUCAAAGGAUCGAGGGGAGAGGUUGAAGUCCCGAGCGACUAUGCAGAGUUCAUAGCGAAGAGACGCCAGUGGCUAAAUGGAUCUCUUGCGGCGAAUCUCUACGCUUUCAUUCACUUUGGUCGGCUUUAUAGGAGUGGACACAAUUUGUUGUUUCUGGCAUUUUUCCACCUGCAGAUGAUAUACAAUUUUGCCAAAUUUGUGAUGAGUUGGUUUUCACUUGCAUCGUUCUUCAUCAUAACGUCGGUCAUCAUGGGCCUUGUCGGCACACCUAAUGAUGCCAAUGAUCAACAAGCAUGGCCAUUUGGAAAUGAAGCUACGCCAAUUGUGAACAACUUCCUCAAAUAUGGCUAUGUCUUGCUCUUGUGUUUGCAAUUCAUUCUUUCUCUCGGAAAUCGCCCCAAAGGUUCCCAAGUAGCUUAUAUCAUCUCAUUCACCUACUUUCCACUAAUCAAUAUGUACACCGCUGUGCUAGCAUUCUACUUGGUUAGCCAGGCCACGAAAAAGCUGGUUGUCAACUCAGUGCUAUACGAAGAUGCGAUGCAAUCGGCAGUCUGGAACAAUCUUGGCUCGAGUAUGGUCUUGAUUACAUUGGCGGCUACAUACGGGGCACAUCUCGUUGCCAGUCUUCUUUAUAUGGACCCGCUGCACCUUCUAACGUCUACCUGGGCCUACUUCGCAGGAACAACCUGUUUCUCGAACAUACUUAUGGUCUACGCCUUCUGUAACUGGCACGAUGUCUCGAUUGGCACCAAGGUCGUUGACAAAAGCGAGGCUCUGCCCGAAGCCCAGACAAAGAAAGAUGAGAAAUCAAAGUUCAUCGAAGAAUUGGAUCGACCCCAAAUUGAUAUCGAUACCCUCUUUCAAGCUACUGUCAAACGAGCUUUGGCCACAUUCGAGCCACCACAGGAACCGAAUGGGAAGGACGUGGACGAUCUGUAUAAAGCUUUCCGGACAUACCUCAUCCUUCUAUGGGUUUUCAGUAAUCUAGCCAUGGUUCUUGGCAUCAUGUGUACGGAAGUUACUCGAUUUUGUCUUUCGACACUACCCAUUAUCCGUAUUUGGAAUUAUCUUUUGGCUGUGGUGUGGGCAACAGUCGGAAUCUCACUGUUUCGUUUUGUCGGGUCCCUCUGGUUUUUGGCAAAGACGUCUGUUAUGUGCUGCGUCUCACGGAAAUGA